AUGGGGCAUGGAAAUGAACAUGGCCACGGCCCCAGCAAAAUGGAGCUCCCUGACUAUAGGAUUUGGAAGGUAGAGGGAACGCCGCUCGAACAAGUCCAGGAGAGGCUGGCUAGACGGGGUCUGAGGGAUCCAUGGGCUCGUAAUGAAGCCUGGAGAUUUAUGGGUGGCUUUGCAAAGCCUGUCACCUUAACAGAAGUCCUUACUAAGGGAUUCAAGUGGGGAUUUGCAGCUUUCGUCAUAGCUCUUGGCAUUGAAUAUGCAAUGUUUCCUCCAAAGAAGAAUGGAGGUCAUCACUGAAUACCAAGUAUGAGAAUUUAUUGUUUCUAAAUGAAAGUGUACAAUAAUCUGCUGCU